GGCCCUUCACUCCUCCUCGGGGUGGAACCUCCACCCACACCAAGCCAUGAGGGUUCUCCAGCUGCUCUUUGCAGUCCUUGUCAUUCUCCUCCUCCAGGGCGCUCCGGCCAGAGGCCUUUCAGACACCCAGCAGUGCAGAAACAACCGUGGCCACUGCCGGAGGCUCUGCUUCCACAUGGAGCGCUGGGAAGGGAGCUGCAGCAACGGCCGCCUGCGCUGCUGCCGGUGACAGCAGCCACACCAGGGUGCUGUGACAGCCCCAGGAGAGCCAGCCCAGUGAUUCUGCAGCCAGAACUGUACUCAGAACCUGCCCUCAGACACCUCUGUGCCUCCCCGUUGCAGCUUGGUUUGUCUGCCACCAAUAAACGUCUGGGUUUUCUGUGU